AGUGUGUGAGACUGUUAAUUGGUGAAUGAGUUGCUUGCUUGCGCGUGGAAUCGGUGGCGCACACACAGUGUUUGUUGUUAUGCCUGGCUCGGUGGUUGAUUGGGCUCAUUUUCCAUUACUAGACGAGGUCCAUCUCAUACACUGGUUUGAAUCUUUGCCCAUACAGGCUAAAAUCGAAAAGUCAUAUACUCCCUCCGUUCCAAAUAAGUGAUGUGGAUUCUAUAAAAUACACGUCACUUAUUUCGGGACGGAGGGAGUACUUUAUUUUAUUGCAUUGGUCCCUUGGUCAGGAUGAUAGGAUUAGCUUUGUGGUGCUAUCCUCACAUGUGGCUGGCACACCUGGUAAGGCUAGGAUGUAAUAGUUGUACGUAUUUUGCUACUGCUGUAUGACUUACUGGAGAUCAAAUCAAGACAUAUCAUAUAUCUAGGAGCUUUAUGUUUUGAGUAUUGCUAGUCCAAUCUUAUGUACGGAGUAUUUGACACAAGUAGUAGUCAGUUGCAAAAGUUAUAUUGCAUAAAAUGUGUACUGACAUGUACAACAGAGUGAAGAGCCCAUGGCGAGCACCAUCCUUAACUGCACGGAUGUAAAUUGAAUAGGGAUAAUGUGAUGAAAUUUGAAACAUCAAGAAAAUGUAAACGUAAAUUAUUUAGAGGACAGUAAGAGAUUAAUUUGGUUAUUAAGAGGGUAACUAGUGCGUGAGUGAUUUAUGGACGCAAGGUUUCAAAUUAUUUUCUCAUUUAUGGAUGCAAGGUUUCAAAUUAUUUUCUCAUCCAUCAGAUCAUUCUUUAGUUUUUUUAUGGACUACAUUGGUUUGAUCAAAUCUUAACUCAUGGUGUUUUAUAUUUUAUUGGUAUAGAAAUAUCUAAGUUACUGGACUAAACUAAGGACCUCAACGGAAGCUUAUGUAGAUUUUCUACUUUUCCAUUUUCCUUCUUGUUUAUCAAUCACCAAUCAAGACAAGCCAGGCUCUUUCAUCAACUGAUUGAAGAUCAGUUAGUCCACAGUAGUUUUUCUUUUACGGCAAAUCUCAACAAGGUUAAUUGUUGCUGGUGUAGGAGAUGAUUUAUUACCAUCAUGAAGUCCGAUUCUAUUUGUGUAGCACAUUACUCAAUCAACUGCAAGUGCUAGGUAGCCUAGGAUGCUGGUUUAUUCCUUUGGUUCCUAUUUUUAUCCUGUGAUAUGAGCGGUGCUAGUGAUUCCAUUCGGUGCUAACAUGCAUGUUAGUGGCAGACUCUGGUGGUCUUUUCUUCUCAUCCUGUCAGUGUCUCACUAUAAACAAAAAUAAACAGGUUCGUGUGACCUAUAACUCCCUCCACCCACGCACAAAGAAUAUAAAAAAUAAAGAAAUAGAAUUCUAUAUAAAUCUUGUGGGAGUUCUGUUUGGUAGGAAUCUGGCAUAAAUAUUGGUCUUACAGGAAAUGUAAGAAAACAGAAUGCCCUUGAGAAAAGAUCGAAACAUGAAGAAACAAAGGAAACUGGAGUUUCUCUUCAUUACUUUACUCUUUGGGAUUUGCUUAGUUUGCCACUGGACAGUUGCUCAUGUUCUUAAAUGCCAUUGCAAAACCGUCACUUCUUGUAUCCUACUACUCAAAACUAUAUGCCAGCCAUCCCCUCCCAUGAACUCUCCCUCUUCACUCUAUCCAUCCAUCUUUGUCUGACUGUCUCCCUUGCUAACUCCCCACUUACUACUCCCUCCGUCCCAUAUUAAGUGACUCAAAUUUGUUCAAAUAUGGAUGUAUCUAUGUCUAAAAAGCGUCUAGAUACAUGUAAUAGAAAGUCACUUAAUAUGGGAUGGAGGGAGUACCAAUCUAUGCUGAUACUGUUCGCCAAAUCCACUUCCAUGGAUGGUGUUUGUGCAAGGGAUAAGGCAAAAAAGAAACCAUAGCUCCACGGUUAUCAUUUUUUCCGUUUAAAUAAAACUAGCCGACAUAAAUAAUUUUAUUUUUUUGAAACUACUCUUUGUGUCCUAUUUUGUACAAUUGUUCAUUGAAUGACUUCUUUUAAAAAAGAACUUAGCCAUCAACCUUUACAUCUUUAAUCGUUGUAUUUGUGAACCACCUUAACUAUUUUUCCUUUUGUUAGUUGAUACUUGCUGAUUGAACUUAUGUUAGACGAUUUUCAUUGUUGUUAACUUAGUGCCAUUGAAUGCUCCGUUUUAUGCUCAAGAUGCAUAUCAUUGUGGAGUGUUUCUUUUUCCCCCUUUUCUGAAUCAGACGAGUUCCUUGUGAAACCACUGCAUAUGCAGAGCCCAUGAAGGGUACAUAUAGGUUACAGAUCCUGCUGGGCCUCUCUCCCUCACUUUCCUUGGAACAGGAUCUCGUCAUGCUUCAAGAUUUUUUUCUUGCCUUGGGUAAUUGUUACAGUGACUAGGUUUGUGGUACCUGCAGCCUCUACUGCAUUACUAAAUCUCUUUACAUAGUUUAUCAACGGGACCCUUGAUAGAUUUGGAUUAUUUUUUAUUCUUUCUACAAAAUGCCGGAGCACUUAGGCCACUGGAAUGGCAAAUAAUUUCUGAUGUUACCCUCAACUUGGCUUCAUGCUUGGGACACUGUACUCUGUAUGUUAUAUAUUGGACUUUAGUUAGUCUUCUUAAUGUACAUUAAUAUUUUGCUAUUUAAAUAAAGAGAAAUGCAAAAGUAACUAUGGAAACUGCAGAAACUUGGAGAUUACUGAAGUGCAAUACUAUCCAUCUAGGGCUUUGCAUGCUCUAUGUGCCCAAAUGUACAGGCUUGACUGGUGAUGGUGUGGUGAAAAUCGUUCAACUUCUGGAUGAACAGAAUGGAAAUACAAAUCGUCUCCGGCUCCAUGGUAUUAGCAGAAUGACUAAGCAUCAUCUUGAUAUUAUCAACUCUCUCAUGUGCAAACGUAACCCACAAGUUAAAGAAGAUGGACGUCCACUUUUCUACAACCAUAGAGUCCAUGAAAUGCUCAACACUAAUGAUGAACGCCCUAUUGAUGUUGAUGUCUGCCCUAUGUGCAAAAACGUGAGGCUGGUAUUUGAUUGUACAAGGGAUGACUGUAGGAAAGCGGAGUACAGCUGGUGCCAAGGCUGGUGGUGUCGAGGCUGCUUGUUCUGCGUUGCUAGAUGCGAAAACUGUGGUGGCUGCAUUAGUUCAGAGGAUCUAAGUGACGCUUGUCUUGCUUGCUCAGACUUCAUGUGCCUGGCUUGCUGGCUUACGUUCCCAAAAUGUAGCACAUGCAAUCGGCCUUACUGUGAGAGGCAUGGACAUUUGAUGGUCCCUUUAUCACUGCCUGGCCAGUUUUCCUGCCACCAUUGCAUGGAGCUCAACUCCUCGCUCGAGAGACAGGAAGAAGGCUAUUAGAAGGGAAAUUAUGUUCAUCUUCUGUAACCACAAGUACUUGCGUCCGCAGAUAUGUAGCCAGUGUUUUUGCUCAGCAUCUACUUUUUUAGAUAAAGAAAAGCUCCUCAGGCCUCUGUUCUGGAACCAAAGAUGCACACAGCCAGAGCAUUUGCGUGCCUGAUGCGUUGAUCCUAUGAGAGAGUAAAAUGCACUAACAGUCCCUGCUUCGGCGCGCGGCUCGUUUUAGUCCCUCAA